AUGAAGUCACAGAUCAACAUGUACGGCACUGGCCGGCCACUCCGCUGGGCCGUCACCAUCGCGUGCCAGCUCGCGUUCGUCCUCUUCGGCUACGACCAGGGCGUGUUCUCUGGCAUUGUCGGCAACCAGCACUUCCUCGACACCUUCGGCCACCCCUCCCCCGGCAUGAUGGGCAUCAUCGUCAGCAUCUACAACCUCGGUUGCUUCUCAGGCUGCAUCGUCGCAUUCUUGUUCUGCGAGAAGCUUGGGAGGCGCAAGAGCAUGUGGUUCGCCAUGGUGUUUGUCCUUAUCGGCGCCACACUCCAAACCACCGCCUACACCGUUCCUCACAUGAUGAUUGCGAGGUUCAUCACCGGCAUUGGUACUGGCAUCGAGACGUCAACGGUGCCCAUGUACCAGUCUGAGCUGUGCGAGGCGGACAAGCGUGGCCGCCUGGUCUCGUCCGAACCACUGUUCGUUGGUGUUGGAAUCGUCAUCGCCUACUGGUUCGACUAUGGUAUGAGCUUCAAAGAGGGCGGCAUUGCCUGGCGCCUGCCGAUCGCCUUCCAGAUGGUGUUCGCAGUCGUUGUCGUCAUCCUCGUGUUUGGUCUCCCCGAGUCGCCUCGUUACCUAUACGCCCACGGCCGGGACUCUGAAGCGCUUCAGAUCCUGUGUGAUGUGUAUGGCCACUCUGCCGAUCACCCCAUGAUCGUCAAGGAGCAGACCGAGGUCCUCGACGCUCUCCGUGUGGAGAAGGAGCACGGCGAGUACAAGUGGAGCCAGAUCUUCAAGCGCGACGAGGUGCAGACUGGUCGCCGUGUCCUUCUCGCCUACGGCAUGCAGUUCAUGAACCAGAUGGGAGGCAUCAACCUGGUUGUCUACUAUGUCACCGAAGUGCUUGAGAAGAACGUCGGCAUGACCCGCAACAUGUCGCUCAUUAUGGGCGGCUGCAUCAACAUCAUGUUCGUUAUUGGCUCGCUGUUCCCGUCGCUGCUACUCGACCGUCUGGGACGUCGCCAGCCCAUGAUCUGGGGAGCAUUCGGGCUUGCCAUCUCAAUGAUGAUGAUUGCCAUUCUCCUCAGCUUCAAGGACCACGCCGAGCACAUCGCCCGUGCUACGUCCGCGGGCUCAGUAGCAUUCUUCUUCACAUACAUGCUCAUCUUUGGCGGUACGCAGAACUGCGUGCCGUGGGUGUAUGUGCCCGAGAUAUUGCCGCUCCAUGUUCGCGCCAAAGGAACGGCCAUUGGAAUUAGCUCCAACUGGCUGUGGAACUUCUUUGUGGUUAUGGUGACCCCGACACUCAUCGCCAACCUCAAAUGGCGCGGAUACCUCAUCUUCAUGGCCACCAACUUCCUGUUCAUGCCCCUGGUGUACUUUGCGUACCCCGAGACAACGAACAUGACGCUCGAGGAAAUCGACUGGCUCUUCAUGGCUCCUGGUGCUGUUAAGACGUCGCUCCAGGUCCAGAAGUAUGGCUGGGGAGGAGAGGACGGCCCGCCCAUCCCGGCCGGCGCGCACAACUCGACGCCUUCGACACCGCCGGGCGAGGAGUCGAAGGGAAGCACAGAGCAUGUUGAGAAGGUAUGA